AUGUCUGAAUCUUAUUAUUUCGAUGGUUAUGAUUUUGACGAUGAAGGAUUUAUUGAAGAACCCAAUGAAUUGAUAUCAAAUGAAGAGGAGGAUGUAAACGUUUACACGAGUUUUGAUCCCGAAAAAACAACAUCAACCUAUCAUAUUAAACAGGCUGAGAAAGCCUUGAAAAAAUUGAAGUCCAUCAUUGAAGAGAAUGAUUGGAAAAAGGUUCUUAACAUUAAAUCUGGUGUCGCCGUUUACAGUAAAGAUGGGAGUUACGGAGAUGAUAAAGUACCUAUAUUUAUGAGCGAACAUAUCGUUGAGAACUUUACUCCUCAUGCGAUUUUCGCUGUCAUCGGAAUGAGGAAACUCUGGGACCCAUGGUAUGAUGAGGGCAAUCUCGUCGAGAAUUUAGACAAUACGACAAGUCUAACCUAUAUGACCAUGCAAGCAUUGGCUGGUACCAGAACUAGAGAUUUAUCCUUGGUGGAAAAGAUUGAAUAUACUUCAGAUGGAACAAUUUAUUUUGCUACAACCUCAGUUCAAACUCCAAAAGUACCUCUGGUUAUUGACAGAAUUCGUGCACACCUAAAUCUCAAUGGUUGGGUUAUUAAGCCAAUUUCUAAACAUCCACUUCGUACAAAACUUACUUAUAUACUACAGAGUAAAGUUGGAGGUUGGGUUCCAUCGGUAGUAGCUAGAAGAUAUUUAAUAAGACGUCCACUUGUUGUCUACACCAUCGACCAAUAUUUACGAAAGAAUGGCUCCACAUCUUUAGAAAUCGGUAGUACUACGAGUUCAGCUCUUCCUUCUCGUAGAACUAGUAAUGCUUCAUCGGUACAUCCUUUAAAUAAUCUGAAUAACGUUCAUAUAGAUUUGAAAAAACCCGUUUCAAAAGAUAGGAAAGAACCGCAGAAUAGAUCUACCAUACAAAAUAUUCCUCCACGAGAUUUCCUUCAACCAAAAAAUCGAGAUACGAUAGAAGAGACUCCAGUUAAUUCAUAUGAUGAAGAUGUAAUCAAUUCUUCUUCAACGCAAGAUACGAUUGAAAAUCAAAAAUCACCUACACUAACAAGUAUGACCGGCCGAUCUCCUGUUCAAGCUGUCAACAAUAAACCGGUAACUCCUCCUGCUUCAUCAGUAGUACCCUUACGGACUCAAAGUUCAAAAACUUCACUCAAUGGUAAAAAGAAGAAAUUUAUACCGCCACCAUUAACUUUACAUGAUGAUAAAAAGGAAUCUCCCGUAUCACCUCAACCACCGCAAAAAAAGCAUCGAUAUAAGAAUGUCAUAAAUAAAGCUGUUACACAAUUCAAGGAAAAUGUUAAUUCCAUGGAUGGUUGGCAAUUUUAUUCAGAAAGCAAAGGUGUUAAAAUUUAUACGAAAGAUAUUGAAGGUAGAACAUUUCCGAUAAUUAGAGGAGAUUAUACACUUUCUGGUGGUUUCACCGCUAAUGAUUGCUUGGCGAUUCUCAAAAACUUAUCAUUACGAAAAUUAUGGGAUGAUCGUUUCGAUGGUGGUGAAAAUAUAGAAAUCCUUAGUAAUACCGAGAAUACUAGCAGAGUUUCGAUGAAGGGAACUUUUCCUAUUAGUGGUCGUGAUUUUGCUUUAUUCGGAACUGUUGAACAAGAUCCAAUCACCGGUAAAAUUGUUUACGUUACGACUUCAAUAAUUGACCAGGCAAUCCCUGAAGUAAAAAAAUACGUUCGAGCUCAUAUAACCUUUGCUGGGUGGCAGAUGGUUCCAAAUUUUGAUUCUAAAGGAAAUACGGAAUCAUUAAGUCUCGUUUAUAUUGUAGAUAGUGAACUAAAACUUGAUUCCAUCCCAUCUUCUAUUCUUAAAACUCUCUCAACUGGGACUCCAAUGAUCGUUCAAAAGAUAGACGAGAUGUUACACGAGACCGGAUUCCCACCUUAUAUAUUAAAAUCUACCUCUUUGAUCAUAUCAGAGGAUCUUGAACCAAAAACUUUUCAAGGUGAUUUGUUGCUUAUCGCUGAUAGUAAUAGCGUUACAGAAGUUCGAUUCUCCAGAAAAAUGUACCCGAAUGGGUUUAUUUUAACGGUUAAUCCCGACAGUGCAAAGAUUGAAUUACUUCCGAACAAUUCGGAUACCAUUCGAUUGACGCUUCCCUCAAAAGUUAAUACAAAGAAAUUACAUAUUACUAUCACGAAAAGCACAGGUCGAGGUUUUAAACUGACUUAUAAUGAAGGCAAAACAAUUAAUGAAAUUCCAGCUGAUACUAAGGAUGAGGUUAGGGAAAUCCCCGUGACAAUAUCUCGAAAUACAAACAAUGAAAUCAAAACUCGUCCUAAACCAGCAGAAAAUAUCACAAAACAUCAACAACAUUCGGAAGAACCACCUCAACCUGAAGAACUCACUCAACCCGAAAAACCCACUCAACACGAACCCACUCAACCCGAAGAAUCCCCUCAACUCGAAAAACCUCUCCAACCCGAAGAACCCGUAACACUUACGCGUCAAACACGUACAGCUCAUUCUACAAGUUCUUCUACAAAUGCCACACUUGUUGCAAAUGGAACUAUUGACAUUAAUGUAUUAAACGAUCAUAUAACAGAUAAUAAUGAAGUUUUGAAUCGGAUUACAUCAGCAAAUAUAAGAAGAGUUGUUUCUCCAGAGACAUUUCAAUUCAAAGAAGAACCACAAGAACCGUAUCAACAAUUAGACGAAAAACACGAAAAACAAGAGGAUGAAAUAGAAAAACGUGUCGAGUCCUUUGAAAAACACAACAUAAAUCACCAUAGUAAUCGCGAUAGCAAUGAUAUAAUCAUCAUUUCUGAAAACAUAGGAUUCAAUAUACAAGAAAUUAGUUUGAUGUUUGCAGCAAUGUUAAUAUCAUAUUAUGCCGGGAAGCUUAGCUUUUAUUUUAAAAUAUAA